AUGUAUAGCCAGCACUUGACCAUGGCCGCACAGAGCACGCACUCGCUUCACAGUUCAGUACACCACCGGCCGGAAGCCAUGGCGCCGGCUAGGGCGCACCUCCUAGCCUGCCUGUCGGCUUUUGCGCUGCUGCUCGCCGCCGCCGCCUCGCCGGUGACCGGCGGCCCCCUGAUGACGGACCAGCUCGAGGUCCUGUUUGGCCAGACGCAGCUGCUCAGCGACGGCCAUGGCGGCCAGACCAUCGCGCUGACGCUGGACCGAGAGAUGGGGUCGGCGUUCAGGUCCAAGACCUCCUACCUCUUCGCAAGGAUCGACAUGGACAUCAAGCUCGUCGCCAACGACUCCGCCGGCACCGUCACCACGAUAUACUUGAUAUCCGAGAAGGAUUGGAACACCCACGACGAGAUCGACCUCGAGUUCCUGGGCAACGUCACCGGGCAGCCGUACACCCUGCACACCAAUAUCUUCGCCAAUGGCGAAGGCGGCAGGGAGGUGCAGUACCGGCUCUGGUUCGACCCUACCCAGGAUUUCCACACCUACUCCGUCAUCUGGAACCCAGACGAGAUCCUGAUCCUGGUUGACAACAUGCCGAUCCGGCAAUUCAAGAACCACCUGGACGCCGGCGUGCCGUUCCCGAUCUACCAGCCGAUGAGGCUGUUCGGCUGCCUGUGGGACGCCGACGACUGGGCGACGGAGGGCGGCCGCGUCAAGACCGACUGGUCGCAGGCGCCGUUCGUGGCCUACUUCCGGAACCUCACCGCCGACGGCUGCGUGCCGGGCGCGUACGCCUGGGUGUGCGGCCAGGGCCCAGCGGCCUCCUCCGCCGCCGGCGACUGGUUCGGCCGGGGGCUGGACGACGUGAGGCAGCAGCAGCAGCUGAGGGAAGCGCAGGACAAGUACAUGAUCUACGACUACUGCACCGAUCACAAGCGGUUCCCGGAUGGUUUCCCCAAGGAGUGCGGGCUGCAGUAGGAUAUAGAUGAUCAGGUGAUUGAUUCGGCGAGCAUGUGAAAAAUGCACGAAAUGUACUGGAUUAGUUUCCAUUUUGUGAAGAUUUUACUGGAAUGUUAAAGAUUGUUUC